AUGGGAAAUGUGUCAGAGGUGGAGCUACGAGAGGUGCUAUCCCAUCUCGAGGUGCUAGCAAAGCAGCGGGCCACGAAGCAGGCUGGGUAUCCGGGCGACGAGAGCCCCAGCCGAUCCUCGAGCCGGCCGGCGUGCGAGGCUCUGGCGUGCAGCGCGGAGUUCAAGCGGGCCCUGAGCGAGGCAUGUGGCGUGGACGCUGAUUGCAUCCACCUCUUGCUGCCUCGAGACGCCGCUGGGAAGGUCGACCUGGUGGGGAUUUUCAGGAUGAGCUCCCAGACUUCGGUGCCGGUACUUGGGGACGAAGCUCACUGUCGAGAGUACGUGGAUCAUGCAAAGGACCUGCCCGCCACGUGCGCAGACUGGCAAGCGGUGUGUCAUUUGGAGGAAGAGGUGAAGGAAAGUUCCUGGUCCGAGGAUACAGGCCGAAUCAACAAGCUUCGGGCUGCAAUCGCUCAUGCAGAUGGAAGCCAUGGAAGCCACGAGGUCUCCUCCGACUUGCUGGUCGCAGUCUCUCGCCGAUGUGGGAGCCGGAGGCCCGCCCUGGGCAAGACAGCCCUGCGAGCGCUGCAGGAGCUGUGUCACCUUCCAGGUGAGGCCCAGGCCUGGGCGGCUCGAGGCUCCGAGCUCCUGCGCUGCGUCUCGGCCGCCGUGCUGGUGACGAAGGUGACUGCGCGGCUUUGCGAUGAAACCCUAGAUGCCAUUCUUCGCCGAUUGCUGGAAUCUUCGCCGACUGGUGCUUUGGAGGCAGUGACGACGGCCACCAGACACCAGGUCGAGGCUGGACAUCCCACGGCCGUCCUUGCCCUGCUGCGAGCGGCCUCUCUGCGAUCCUUGGCAGUGGGUCAAAAGCCUGGCGAGCAGGCUGCCACGGUGAGCUUGCUGAAGGACAUACUGGAGAACCGACGAUUUGCGAUGGCAUUCUCCGAGGCACGUGCACUCCUGCGCCAGCUCCAAACGGAGUCCCAAACGUGA